AUGGCAAUGAUUCAGUUGAGUUUCUUAGCUGUGAGAAGGCUUACAACCAAUGGAGUUGUGCUAGGAUUGAUGGUGACAAAUGUUGCCGUCUUUAUACUAUGGAGGGUUGCAGGCAUUGCGUUUAUGGUGAAGAAUUUCACGAUUUCUGUAGACAACAUUCUAAGUGGCCGGCUGCACACGCUAAUUACCAAUGCUUUCAGUCAUAUAAACCAGCUUCACAUUAUUUCAAAUAUGAUCACACUCUACUUCUUUGGAACAGCUUUGUAUCUAACUGGUGCACUUGCUGGCUCGAUCUUCUAUGUGGCAUAUAAGGCUUUCAUAGCACCAUUAUUCCACAAGAUUGAUAAGCGAGGUUUUCCCCACUCGAUGGCUCCAGCACUGGGUGCAAGUGGUGCUACGACUGCGAUAUUGCUGCUCUAUAUAUUUCUAUUUCCAAAAAAGACCAUCUUUUUCGAUUUCAUUAUACCAGUUAAGGGGGUUCUUAUCAUUGGCAAGGACAUUUUGAGGGUACUGCUGGGUGACCGAGAAGUUGCAGGAUCCGCUCAUUUAGGUGGAGCAGCAGUGGCUACCGUUGCGUGGCUGCAGAAGAGGAAGGACGCUUUGGUCGAUUCUGAGAUUUCUAACUCAUUAUAGUCUAGAUUCUUUGUGUUAUUGGAUUAUCUUUCAGUGGCUAUGAGAUUUUAAUUAUGAAAUGAGUUGCAUUUUGCCAA